CAGUCGAUCAUUUCACGGGUGGUGGUACGGGAGAUAUUUCCGUCGCGGACUUAUGACGUAUUAGGUGGGUGCCGAGGGAUCCGGCGGUCGGCCGGGCCGGGCAGGUUGGGAGAGAUGGCGGAGUAUCUGGCCUCCAUCUUCGGUACCGAAAAAGACAAAGUCAACUGUUCUUUUUAUUUCAAAAUUGGAGCAUGUCGCCAUGGAGAUCGAUGUUCUCGAUUGCACAAUAAACCAACAUUUAGUCAGACCAUCUUGAUUCAAAACAUCUAUCGUAAUCCCCAAAACAGUGCACAGACGGCUGACGGCUCACACUGUGCUGUGAGUGAUGUUGAAAUGCAGGAACAUUAUGAUGAAUUCUUUGAGGAGGUCUUCACAGAAAUGGAAGAAAAAUAUGGUGAAGUAGAAGAGAUGAAUGUCUGUGAUAACCUUGGAGAUCAUUUGGUUGGAAACGUCUAUGUAAAGUUUCGACGUGAAGAAGAUGCAGAAAAGGCUGUGAUUGAUCUGAAUAAUCGGUGGUUUAAUGGUCAACCAAUUCAUGCUGAGCUUUCCCCCGUGACAGAUUUCAGAGAAGCUUGUUGUCGUCAGUAUGAAAUGGGAGAGUGUACAAGAGGAGGUUUCUGUAACUUUAUGCAUUUGAAGCCAAUUUCUCGAGAAUUGCGACGUGAGCUAUACGGCCGCCGCCGCAAGAAGCAUAGAUCAAGAUCAAGGUCUCGUGAACGUCGCUCUAGAUCCAGAGAUCGUGGUCGUGGAGGAGGAGGUGGUGGUGGUGGUGGAGGAGGAGGAGGAGGAGGGGGCCGAGAACGUGAUAGAAGGCGGUCAAGAGAUCGUGAAAGAUCCGGACGAUUCUGAGCCAUGUCAUUUCUACCUUCUCUGUUAGAAAGUGUUGUAGUUGAUUGACCAAACAAGUUCAUAAUGAAACUUUUUUUAAAAGAUGGGCUUCUGAAUAAAAAUUUGUAGUGAUACAGUU